ACUGUUAUGUGAGUCCGUGUCUGUUCGUUGCUGCUUCAUUUUAGCUGAAGUAGUUAUUUAUUGAUAUCCUUUAUUUAGGCUGUAACUGGUUGGAAGUGUUUCCAGGGUUACACUUAUAACAUCGACGUGGUUGUAUCCUGUCUUAUUAAACUGUGGUACAACCAGAUAAUAACCUAAAACUAGUUAGAAUUCGAUUUGGGCAUCAUAAUGUAACGUGCGUAUAUACAGGUCAUACUGGUCGCCAUUUGAACCGGCUCCCAUCUACACCAUCUAUGGUGAGGCACUGAUAUUAACGUCCAUCUGUCCCCUAACCUGCUCUUACCAUAAAUGAACAGUUAAUUUGCAAUAUUACUUGUAUAUUGAUACGACUAAUUUUAUUGGUAUUUCUAUUGAUAUAACAGUGUGAAAAUAUGCUUUUAUCGUAUAUCAUAAAACCCACAUGAGAAGUGAAGCUCAGGAAUAGUUUCAUACUGAUUAGUGAAGAAAAAUGUAACCUAAUUCCAAAUCACUUUAACAUUGGGAAAGUCUAUUUAUGUAGUUUUUAUGGUAAAAUUGAAGUAUAUAGAGGACAUUGGGGGACUAUGCGAAUCAGAAGGUAGUAUUUAAUGAUAAAAAGGGAUCGUAAUAAAGGAUGAUAAAAUUACAAAAGGUAAUGUGUCUUAACAUAAAUAAUUAAGUUUCACGUUAAUUGCUUCGUACAGUAAGAGAGAAGAGUUAGAGCUCUCAUCACAAACUAGCAUCAUCUACAAUACGAAGCUUGGGCUUAUGAGGUUACAAAGUGUUCAUUCUUUGUAGCUGAACGGGUAGAUGGAAAUAUCUACAAGUCACUAUCUGUCACUAAAUGUUAUUAGUUCAUCACUAAAGUAUAGGACAAACUUUCCACUAAAAAAACUAAUAAAUUACUAUCGAUACUAAGAAUCUCUAAACUUCGUUCCUAGUCGCAAAUCUCAUUUUAUGCUUUAAAAUGUUAAACUGAUGUGAGUGCUGUUUUAUCAGCAUUUAAUUGAUCACAUGUGCCAACAAAUGAAGCUUGUCGUAUCCAGUCUUUCCUGUUGAACAAACAAAUCACUGGCUCGUCUCCACUCAUGUAAGAAGACUUAAAUAGGGUUCUCAAGGUAAUAUAAACGAAUGAGUGUCACUUUAAACGAAGUAAUAAAACAGGUUAUGGGAAUUGUUUGUAGAGAUGAUAUAGUUCAUAUUAUUUUCUACAUUUUUUUUCCUUACAGACAUGAACAAUAAUAGAAUAAUAGCUCAUACAUUCAUACUAUCAUCCGUUACAUCUCCAUGUAGAAAAUAUCUACUUUUUGGAACUAAUAUACAGAAAAUACUAAUUUAUUCGUUAUGUUCGCUGUCCUGUGAUUCACAAAUUGAAGGGAAGCCAGAAUGCAUUAUCAACGUAAAAUAUGCAGGAAAUAUUUACGCUUUAUGUUUCGGGAAGGAUUAUGUUUUCUGUGGGUCAGUUGGUCUGAUUGUUGUAUACAAAUGGACUACACCUACCGACGGCUUUCUGAAAUAUCACGAUACAGUUCAUCUGACGUCGGGAAAUCUUUACGCAACCGUUUCUGAGGUUACCGGGUUGUGUUAUCAUACAGAAAGUGACACUCUUUUGGCAGCAUUGGGUGAUGGAACUAUCCAUACUUUUUUUAUUGGUUGUGGUUUCAAAGAAAAGCUCAAACUUGCUGGACAUAGGUCCACAAUUUAUAAAAUUUGCAGUGUUGGAGCACACGAGUUUGGUACUAGUUCUGAGGACGGUACUGUCUGCUUUUGGGAUCACAGAGUUAUACGGAAUGGGGACUAUAAGGCUUCAUCUGUGUUCAAACCGUAUCUAAAUAGUGAAUUAUCUCGACCCAAGCUUGGGUCUUGGUUAACUACUUUAUCCUGCAAACAGUUCGAAGAGGAUUGGUUUGUUACGGGAGGGGGGCCUAGACUUUCUUUAUGGAGUAGGCGUGCCGGGAGGAAUGUUUCUAUAUUGCACCCUGAAGACUUAUCAGAUACUUGGUAUUCACAAACAGCUAUUUUUUGUGAUAUGGAUAAUGAUUCACGCAUUGUAUCCGGUGGUAAUUCAAGUUUAUUAUACAUGUGGGAUCAUGUUGGCAAUUUGUUGGCUUCAGUAGAUUUACAUGAUCCACCUAAUUCACGUUUAAGUCAUAUACUUGUCGUCGAUACAUUUAAUCUAUCUGAAUCGAUAGAUUCUUUAAAGUUAAAGUAUCAUUCAGAUUGUGCAUUUUUUGUUGGAGGUUGCGGUCCAGUAAUACGACUAAUUGCUAAUCUUGGUUAUCCUUUAGGCAUGUUACAUUACUCUCGUUAAAUUAUUUUAAUCCUUGUAAAUAACGUUUAUAUUUUAUAAUAAAAAGUGUACAUAAACUUCUACUAAAUAAAAAGUAUUCCCUGCAUAAAUGUUUGUUUUUAUAAAAAAAUAGUCGUUUUUUUAAUUCAUCUCCCCUUCAUUCCACUUCUAUUUUGGUUUCUAUGGCAUUUUAGUUCUUUUAUCAAUUUUCACCUUCUAAUGCAUAAUAAACCAAAAAGUAAUCACAAUCAUAGC